UUAUGGUUACUCAAUUUUUACGUAAUGAAACUGAGAUAAAUAGUGGAAUUUCUGAGGCUACUGGAUACAGUUUUGACACGUGGAAGGGACGGUAAAUAUAAUAAGAGAGGAACACACAAGAAUUCUUAUCACCAAAAGAGUAACAUAUCGUACAUUGAAAGAAACACGUAGAGUACAUGAGCCAUAUACUAUAAUGAUUUGUACCAAGCCAUAAAACGAAUACAAAACGUUCACCUAAUGACAUUUCGGGACUUUCCCAUCAAAAGUCUGGCGCGAUUCAUAAUGAUGAGUGAGGAGAGAAAUGUUAGGGAAACAGCCGGCGUUCAGAGCCGAACUGCUCAAUGAAAAACGGUGGCAACUUUUGGGCCAUAAACAUGAAUGAAGCGCCCUGCUGAACAACCCUUGCCUUCGCCUUUGCAUUGUCGCUGUCCAGAGACAAAAGCAGCAGCUACCCACAGGUACUUCACACACAAAUCAGACAAACGCAGCGGCCAUAAAACGUCCAGCCAUGCCAAAGGAUGUGCUCUGAGCACACAACUGUCAUAAGGAGCAGAAGAGAGAGAGAGCGAAUGGAGAGCGAGAGAGAGCAGGUAGUUUGCUCAACGGAAAAAGACCAUAAAAGACCCCAGAGCCAAAAGUUGAGAAUGAGCCGCUCGCUCUGUGUGCUCUCUCAAUGAAUUUUCGCAAUGGCAGCUCGACUGCCUGUCAGGAUCAAAAAUCUCUGCCUGCCCGUUAGAGGCAAUGUGUGCGAGUGAGCCGGUGAUAGAACAACCCCUCUCUGUUGUACGCUGGCCAACGACCAAUAAACGCGCACGUCGAACUACCUAAGGGUGAUCGACUGAAUGGUGAGCUGUGCGAGCGCAGGACUAUUAAAACAGGAGCUGGGUGGUGAGCAGACAACACAAUCAUCCGUGAUCUCAACGAGUCCACUUCGCCCAAAAAACCGUCGCUCGUCUCGUCUCUCGUGCCGCCGUGUCGCAAGCAAAGAAACUCAAACCAAAAUCGAAACUGUUCUUAAUGACAAGCAAUUGAUUGAAAUUGCAGUGCAGUGUCAAACAACCAAAAAAAAGAAAAGAAAGCAAAAAGAAAUUCAUUUCUUCAUCCAUAAAUUGUGCCUAUUAAAUCGCCAAAAUUACGCCCCACAUCGGUAUGCAGUCGUCGGAGGGUUCGCCAGAUAUGAUGGAUCAAAAGUACAACAGCGUGCGCUUGUCGCCAGCACAAUCCAGUCGCAUACUUUACCAUGUGCCUUGCAAGGUUUGCCGGGAUCACAGCUCCGGCAAACACUACGGCAUCUAUGCCUGCGAUGGCUGUGCCGGCUUCUUCAAGCGCAGCAUACGCCGCUCUCGCCAAUAUGUGUGCAAAUCACAGAAACAAGGACUCUGCGUCGUGGAUAAAACACAUCGCAAUCAAUGCCGUGCUUGCCGUUUGCGCAAAUGCUUUGAGGUUGGCAUGAACAAGGAUGCAGUGCAGCAUGAGCGUGGACCACGCAACUCGACGCUGCGUCGCCACAUGGCCAUGUACAAGGAUGCCAUGCUCGGUGCCGCCGAGAUGCCACAAAUCCCACCAGAGAUACUGAUGAACACAGCGGCGCUCACAGGCUUCCCCGGCAUGCCCAUGCCCAUGCCCAAUGUGCAGCGUAGUCAUCAUCAUCCCGCCCUCGGUGCUGGCUUCCAGCCACCGCCGCCUGCCGCUGUGCUCGAUCUCUCGGUGCCCCGUGUGCCACAUCAUCCCGUGCAUCAGGGUCAUCAUGGUUUCUUCUCGCCCACCGCCGCCUACAUGAAUGCCUUGGCUACCCGAGCACUGCCUCCAACACCGCCUCUAAUGGCUGCCGAGCACAUCAAGGAAACCGCUGCGGAACAUCUGUUCAAGAACGUCAACUGGAUCAAGAGUGUGCGCGCUUUCACCGAGUUGCCCAUGCCCGAUCAAUUGCUGCUGCUCGAGGAGUCGUGGAAGGAGUUCUUCAUCCUCGCCAUGGCUCAGUAUCUGAUGCCCAUGAACUUUGCCCAGCUGCUCUUCGUUUAUGAGUCGGAGAAUGCCAACCGUGAGAUUGUGGCCGUCGUCUCUCGGGAAGUGCACGCCUUCCAAGAUGUGUUGAAUCAGUUGUGCCAUCUGAAUAUCGACAGCACCGAAUACGAAUGUCUGCGUGCCAUUUCGCUCUUCCGCAAAUCGCCGCCGGCUGCCAGCUCUACUGAGGAUUUGGCCAACAGCUCCAUUCUUACCGGCAGCGGCAGUCCCAACUCGAGUGCCUCGGCUGAAUCCCGUGGCCUGCUCGAGUCCGGCAAAGUGGCUGCCAUGCACAACGAUGCUCGCAAUGCAUUGCACAAUUACAUUUCCCGCACUCAUCCGAAUCAACCGUUGCGCUUCCAGACGCUGCUCGGCGUCGUCUCGCUGAUGCACAAAGUGUCCAGCUUCACCAUCGAGGAGCUGUUCUUCCGCAAGACCAUUGGUGACAUCACAAUUGUGCGUCUGAUCUCUGAUAUGUACAGUCAGCGCAAGAUCUAAAGAGUUGGAGUUGAAGGUCGCAAAGUCUGAAAUGGAAAUCGAAUUUUGCCGUCGGCAAAUAUUCGCAUCCUCAUCGCACUUGAAGUGCCUUCGUAGUGCUGGAAACUGUGAUAUCUAGUGUCGAAGUCGGAAAUGAAUCUCCAGAACAUUGGACAAUAUUCAACAGUGAACUGCUGCAGAAAGCAUAAUACUUAAAUAUCAAUUAUACCACUAAAAAAUCUCUCGGAGUUGAGCCUUAAAAAAAAUGUGUAUUCAAUCUAUCCACAAACGUGAUUCAAAUUGCAUUCCGAAAAGUUGAAACUUUUUGUUGUAUACUCAUAUCUAGCAUUAGUCUUAAUUAAUUGUAAGCUCAUAUCAUAUGUUUAACACAAUUAGAAUAGUAAGUACUAUAAAGAAAAAUGUUUAAA